CCCCUCGGGGGGUCCUGGCAGGGGUCACACGUGUCCCUUGUCCCCUCCCCCCAGGCCAUGUUCCUGUACCUGGCACUGGCAGUGUCACACAGAGUGAGGGUCACAUGUGUCCCCUGUCCCCCAGGCCAUGUUCCCAUACCUGGCACUGUCAGUGUCACACACGGCUGAUGUCCCCUGUCCCCAGGCCAUGUUCCUGUACCUGGCACUCCUGGCCCUGGUGGCACUGUCAGUGUCACACAGAGUGAGGGUCACACGUGUCCCCCGUCCCCAGGCCAUGUUGCUGUACCUGGCGCUGUCAGUGUCACACACGGCUGAUGUCCCCUGUGUCCCCAGGCCAUGUUGCUCUACCUGUCGAUGUCCCCUGUGUCCCCAGGCCAUGUUGCUGUACCUGGCACUGUCAGUGUCACACAGGGUUGGUGUCCCCUGUGUCCCCAGGCCAUGUUGCUGUACCUGGCACUGGCAGUGUCACACAGGGUUGGUGUCCCCUGUGUCCCCAGGCCAUGUUGCUGUACCUGUUGCUCCUGGCCCUGCUCUGGGCGCUGCUGUGGCUGCUGCGGGACCGGCGCACGCUGCCGUCGGUGCGGGACAAGCACGUGUUCAUCACGGGCUGCGACAGCGGCUUCGGGCGCCUGCUGGCGCGGCGCUUGGCCCGCCAGGGCUACCGGGUGCUGGCGGCGUGCCUGACCCCGCAGGGCGCCGAGAGCCUGCGCGGGGACACCCCCGGGGCACACCUGAGAACCGUCCUGCUCGAUGUCACCCGCUCCGACAGCAUCCGCCGCGCCGCCGAGUGGGUGCACAGGGAGGAGGUGGGGGACAAAGGGCUGUUUGGGCUGGUGAACAACGCGGGCAUCGCCAACCCCAUCGGGCCCACGGAGUGGAUGGACAUGGAGGAUUUCCGGCGGGUGCUGGCCGUGAACGCGCUGGGCGCCAUCGAGGUGACGCUGCAGCUGCUGCCGCUGCUGAAGCGCGCGCGGGGCCGCGUGGUGAACACGUCCAGCGUGCUGGGCCGCAUCUCGGCCAACGGCGGCGGCUACUGCAUCUCCAAAUACUGCAUCGAGGCCUUCUCGGACAGCCUCAGGCGGGACAUGCGGCACUUUGGGGUCAAGGUCAGCAUUGUGGAGCCGGGGUUCUUCAAGACCGGCGCGACGGACCUGGACUCGCUGGAGGCGUCGCUGCGGCAGCGCUGGGAGCGCCUGGAGCCGGCCACGCGCAGCAGCUACGGGGAGCACUUCCUGCCCCAGUGUGAGCCCCAGCUCCUCUCCCGAGCGGCUGUCCGCCCCCCAGAGCCCAAAAUUCAGCAUCUCACCCUGCCUCAGUUUCCCCUUCCCUGACCCUUUUCCAC